AUGCUCUCGACGACAACGACGACAACAACUCGAAAUAUUACCUGUUGGCUUGACGCCAGUGAGAAUCCAGCUCACACGCUUGACGCAUUACAAAUCGAAUGCGAGUGCGGAGAGUACUGUAUAAGCGGAAUCCGAAAAAAUGACUCAUUUUUCGGUGAAGAUGUUUAUUUCUGGGGAUGUGGAUGUGACGUGGAGAUUCUCCAGGAGAUGUGCCCGACAAACUUUCUAUUUGAUCAGUACCAAUGUUGCAAAGGAGAUCUAUGCAAUGCGGCCAAUUGGACGGAAACGACUGGAAGUCCGCCAACAUGGCCUCCGUCGGAAAGCAACAUCACUUGCUGGCUUGAUAUCAACGAUAAGCCAUAUCAUACGGAAAAUGCCAUCAAAGUGGAAUGUUUCCGUGGCGACUAUUGUGUGUCGGUCAUGAUCGACUACAUCUUCGGACAAGCAUAUGCCUGGGGAUGUGGCAUUGAUUUUGUCGUGGAAGAGGGAGAAGUCGAUCUGUGCCCCACAAAUGAUAUUUUCGAUUCCUAUGUGUGCUGCACGGAGGAUUUGUGCAAUGCAGGGAAUUGGUCUGAUGCGACGACAACGACUAUCACCACAACAACAAUGCUCUCAACGACGACUGUUUCGACAAAACGAAAUAUUACCUGUUGGCUUGAUGCUAGCGAAGAUCCAACUCAUUCGGAUGACGCAAUACAAUUUGAAUGCGAGUGCGGAGAAUAUUGCAUAAUGGGAGUCCGAAAUGAUUCAGUCUUUGAAGAAAACGUCUAUUUCUGGGGAUGUGGAUGUGAAGUGGAAAUUCUUGGGGAUCUAUGUCCGACGAAUUUCAUUCUUGACGAAUAUCAAUGUUGCAAAGGAGAUCUAUGCAAUGCGGCCAAUUGGACAGAACCGACCGGAAGUCCCCCAACAUGGCCUCCAUCCAGCAACAUCACUUGCUGGCUUGACACCAAUGAUAAACCAUAUCAUACUGACCUUGCGAUCAAAGUGGAAUGUUUGCGUGGAGAUUACUGUGUAUCUAUCUUCAUUGAUUAUUUCUUCGGUAAAGCUUACGUUUGGGGAUGUGGAAUCGAUUUUGUUGAGGGGAAUUGGUCUGAUACGACAACGACGACAACGACGACUACGACAACGACAACUACUACUUCCACAACGACGACAAUAGCCUCUACAACGGCGCUUCAAACAACCACUCCAAAUGGUCCCCUCACUUGUUGGAUUGAUGGUAACGAUGAGCCUUAUCACUCGGAUGAAGCAUUCCAAAUUGAAUGCGAAUGCGGUGACUACUGUAUAACUGGAUUCCGAAAUGAUUCAGUUCUCGAAGAGACAGGCUAUUUCUGGGGAUGUGGUUAUGAGGCCUUGAAAGUGGAAUGUUUCGCUGGCCACUACUGCAUUGCUGGCUACACUGACUUUUCCUUCGGUACCAUAUACGUCUGGGGAUGUGCUGUGGAUCUUGAUGAUGAGCUAGAUAUGUGCCCAGAUAACGAUAUUUUCGACACAUACUAUUGCUGUGAGGAGGAUUUGUGCAAUGGAAAUUGGUCCGAUAUCGCGACGACUACAACUGUUCCAACAACUAUUUCACCGGGUGGACCUCUCACUUGUUGGAUCGAUGCCAAUGAUGAGCCGUACCAUUCACUAGAUGCAACGCAAAUCGAAUGUGAAUGUGGAGAUUUCUGUAUCAGUGGAACCCGAAAUGAUUCAGUCCUUGGCGAACCAACCGGAAGCCCUCCAACAUGGCCUCCAUCGAAUAGUUCAAUCACUUGUUGGGUUGAUCUCAAUUUUGAUCCAUCUCACACAGAUGAGGCCGUUAAAGUUGAAUGUUUCGCUGGCGACUCUUGUGUGAUUGGCCACCUGAACUUUUUCGACGACAUCUACUUUUGGGGAUGUGCCACGAAUCUAGACGAUGAUCUGGAACUGUGCCCAACGAACGAUAUUUUCGAUUCCUACACUUGCUGCAAGGAGGAUUUGUGUAAUUGGAAUGUGACGGAGAGUACAACCACAACGACUACAACUACUACAACCACCACCACUAUGAAAUCUAGCACAACUGCCACAAAAACGACAACCCCAAGCCUUACCAGUACCACUUAUUCGACAACAACUACAACAACUAAAACAAUGACGACGACAAAAGCCCAUACAACAACCACAACAAGCCACAAGCCGACUACAUCAGCAAUCAUCACAAAAGCACCGCCCGUAACGUCGACCGAAGCCACCAUCACAACAACGGUA